GUUGAGCUACCAACCAGCCCCAAAGGCUGUGAAUCUCACCAAAGAUUAACCAAAUAAUAAUAAUAGCUACUUAAUAAAGCAGUCUCUACAAUUCUAAGAGAUUUGUGGCCUGGUAUUCAAAGCAAAGUGAAAAGCCAGUAAUUUGCAACAUUUACUUUUUUUAACAGCAAGAUACUCGGCCGGUUCCUUUCAGCGGAAGCCCCGGUUAUCUCCCUGGGUUACCGAUAAAAGCCGGAUUCAGAUCCACUGGAUAUCCUUUUUUUUCCUCCACUAUUUAAGCAAAACUCACUCUGGGGGCUGCAAGUGUCAUAAGCGUGGAACAACAAUCAUCAGUCCCUUUUUCAGGGCCAUUGUAGCUCCGAACCGUCACUAACUGAAUCUUUGUAAGUCAAGGACUACCCCUAGCUGGCAUUGUGGAGCUGGGCUCAGCCGGUGCUUUGAAUCAGUUCCGCCCUCAGGUUUGCAAGCCACAACCUACGAUGUGUGCAUUGUGCAAAUCCUUGUAAUUGGGGCCGAUGAAUCCACGAUGAAAGAAACCCCCCCUUAAGCCCAGCUGCUGCUGCGACAACAGAACCUGUGUUUUUCCUUCACUCGCUGCGUUCACCUCUGGGGUCAUUCAGAGUCUGAACGAAAGAAGCCAGCUGACCAUGAUGAAAAGCACCCCAGUCCAGGAUUGUUUCCGGGCAGAAGGGAGCCGAACCCCAGUACUGUUCGGGUACGAUAUGGUCUCCGGAUGCAAAGUGAGCAUUCCCGGCAGUGCCGAAUGUACACUUCUGGCUCCAGAGAUCCUAAGGGUGCUGAAGGGCCAAAAUUUCCCAGACUACGUGGCCUCUUUUGGAGAUUCCUUGCCUCAGAACGGACCGGACUGGGUCCAGAUCUCUUACAAUUCCACCAAACCGGCCACCUGUGAAAUCCCCGUCUCCUUUGAAGUGCACGUGAAGUGGACUAAAUACGGCUCCUUGGUGAACCCCCAGGCUAAAAUCAAGAGCGUCACGGUGACCGUAAGAACGGCCCCCUUACCCCAGGUCGAGCCGGGAAGCGAAAGCAUCGUGGAGAUAUUCAGCUCCGUCUCCUUUGUGGAUAUCUCUGCCCCUGCACAGCCGGGAUACAAAGCUUGGCCCACCAUCGAGGCCCACCUGCCGUUUGAUUUUUUCUUCCCUUUUGUUUAAAACCCCCUGCAGAACCCGGAAGAGGCCGGCCUCGUUUUUCUUUUAAAAAGGGUGGGUGGGUGUCGUUCUUCAGAGCCAGGCUGAAGCGGGAAACAGCUGUUGCGUCCAAGGGAGCAGAGACCGCCCGUCGCUUCUGCCAGCAUCGACUCUGGGAAGACUCCCAGCUGGGAUUACGGUGGACCGUGGCAAGAGUUUGGUUGAAAGUCUGCGGCUAGUUCAUAAGCGGAUACGGACCGAGGCAUGGGUUCUGCCAGGGGCUGCUGCGCAGGAGAAACAAGCAGACGGGAAGGCUGGGAGGUGGAGCCCCCCGAUUGGAGAACUUGGCUUGCGAUAACACGAGUCAGGUAUAACGGGGGGCCUCCGGGAACUUAAGAUGCCAUCGUUAACGGAUCCCGGAGCCCAGAUGCUCAAAGGGCAUCAGAAAAAUAAAAGAAUUAACAUUCUGCAACAGGGACGUUGGAGAAGGAUUCUGUCCUCGUACCUGAAGAAACCCCUUCCGACUCUUACAAGGGCAGCUUUGGUGAACUACCAGAGGCCAAUUCCCAGUAUGGAUUUGAAUUUAUUACAUGAUUAUUAUUAUUAUUAUUUCCCCUAAGUCUUGUGGAACUGUACAGCUGUACAAGAAAGAACGGCAGGGCGCAUUUUAGAGUGCUGGAGCUGUUCUACCCACGUGGGGUUUCCAGAGGAGAGAUCGAGGCCAGCCGAGUCCCCCCAGCUGGGUGCCCUCCAACCAAACCCGCCUCCGAGCAGGACUUGGGAGGAUGGCGGAAGGCGGCGUCCACUCUAUCUGAAGGGCAUCAGCUCCGGAGGAAAGCAGCCGGCAUGCGGAUAAAUGUGCCAAAAGGAUCUGUUUACAAGGUCACCCUGUCAAAUGUAAAACUGGUUUUCUCAGGGCCAGAACAGAAUCCAAGGAAGAGGUUUGGUCCAGCUCAGGCGCCUUAUUUGGCCUGGUUGAGGAGCCCAUGUUGCUUCAUCAGGUUGGUCAGCCUUUCAAUUUCUAUUUCCUGUUGGAGGAAAAAGGAGGGCAGGUGAUUUCCUGUGUCCCUCGAUGCAUCAUUUUUAUCAACAGCCCUUUUCCAUUUUGGGGGGAAGGGGGGAAACAGAAAAGAAAAAGUGGAAUUUAAAUGCUCGGAGAGCUUUGAAAGCUCUAUGGCCAAUUGGAUCUUCACUUGAAUAAACAUCUGAAUUUUCUCAGUC